AUGCAGUUCACCAUCACCGCCAUCCUCUCCCUCGCCGCCCUCGCCGCGGCCUCCCCCAUCGCCCCCGAGUCGUCCAUCACGCUCGAGGCCAUCAAGCGAAGCGUCGUUGAGAAGCGCUGCCUCUACGACACCUGCACCGACUGCUGGGCCGCCACACCCCCCAUCGGCUCCAGCCCCGGCUCCCACGGCGCCGCCGCUGGACACUCCAUCUACUGCGCUACCAUUUGCAACUGCAGCUAA